AAGUACAAUUACAAAUGAGAACAAAUUUACGGAGAGAAGACAGUUCAACAUUUGAAGGAAACAAACCUUCUAAAAAUUAUCAAAUACAGUCCACAAAUGAGCUACAUGUCAAAUAAUUAAUGGAAUUGUUGUAUAAUCGAAUAUACAUUGUCUUGUGACUAAAAAUAUAAUUCAAAAUUGAUUUCUACAAAGUGGUUGAUGUUUUAUUUCUUUGUUCUUUUUUUACUAAUUUUUUAUAACAAAAACUUAGACAUAACAUUUGGUCCUUUUCGAACCGUUUUUUAUGAACAUUAAACAAUUAUUUGAACAAUACAUUUUAAACAAUUAUUUGAACAAUAAACUUUUCAAGAAGUGUGUGCAGUGAGUGCUAUUAACUUCUACGAACAAAAAAAUUAAUUAAAAGAUCCAAUCAACGAUUGAUCAAAAAUAAUCACGUGAAUUAAAUUUGCAUAGACAAUAAUCAGUUUAAUCAAGUGAUUUAUACAAAUUUUCUUAAAUAAUAACUUAAUUUAACUUAAACUUAACUUAAAAACUAAUUUAAAACUAAUUUUUUACAUUGAGGACAUCAGCGGAGUCACCGAAAAAUCAUUUUUAAAUAUCAGCUACAGCAGCAGUAACACACAAAGCAGUAAGUUUGCCCUUUUAAGUGUCGUAAACUUGUCUACAUUUAACAACUGUUUUAUUCUGUUAAAUUAAAAGAAAAAUAAAUGAUUAAAAUGGCUGAAACUAAAAAUUAUAAAUACGGUGAGCUGCAGAAAGGUAUUUUAAGUAAGAUGAUAAAGGAUCUUACCAACUUUAAAAAGGCUCCAAAAGAGCGUAGGGUGAAAUCUUAUGCCACAGGUCGUCUCAGUAAAUUGGAAGACGAUUUGUCCACGUCAAAAUCCUACCACGAAGCCAUCAUUGGGGCAGGUAUGCUGGAAGAUAAUUUAAAAACAGAAGAGUUAGAGGUGGUAUAUGAACAAAUAAAUGAUAUAUACCUUGAAUAUCGUGCAGAGUUAGUAGAGGCAAUCGAGAAAUCUUCGCCAAUGAUUGCGGCUUUGUCAGAUACGGGUGCUCCGCCCCUUUCUACAGCUGCAUCAUCAUCGCAUACGGGGAUUCGACUACCUCGAAUCGAUCUGCCAAAAUUCGACGGUUCAUAUACCACCUGGCGUGCUUUUCAAGAUAGGUUCCAGGCUCUCGUCCACAAUAAUAAGAGCAUAGACGACAUUGACAAACUGCACUUUUUACAAUCAUGUCUAAUUGGUGACGCAAAUCGAUUUUUGCAAAAUUUGUCAGUGGAGGCAGCGAAUUAUGAUAAGGCUUGGGAGCUUUUGAAGGAAAGGUAUGACCAUAAGCGCAUUCUGGUCCACAUCCAAAUGCAGAAGCUUUUUGGCCAACCUUCCGUGCCUUGUGAAACUGCUGCUGGUCUUCGGGAUCUUCUCUACACAACAAGAGAAUGUUGUCUGGCGUUGGAAAACAUGGACGUUCCGGUAUCUAAGUGGGAUACGGUUCUCAUUUGGUUCCUUAACCAAAAACUUCCUGGUACGAGUCAAAAACUAUGGGAAGAGAGGUUAGGAAACAGAAAAGACUUACCAAAUUUCAAAGAAUUUACCGAUUUUUUGGAAACUCGUUUCCGGACUUUGGAAGUUGUUGGCCAGCAGGAAACUAGAGCGGCAGGCAGAAACAAAGAUGAGCCACUCGUCAAUCCAAGGCCUCGUUUCCAGCCAGCCAAAGCAAAGGUGUUGCAUGCUAAACAGGUCGUUAAGCAGCCGGUCAAACCAAUUGGGAAGACAGUUCCUGUUGAGCAGUUGUUAUGUAAAUUGUGCAACCAAACCAAGCACACGCUGAGAAGAUGUCAACAAUUCCUCAACAUGGACAUCAUGGGGCGAAAGGAGACAGUACGCAGACUAAAAGUAUGCGAAAAUUGUCUGUCUUAUGGGCACAUCGUUCAAGAUUGUCUAAGUUUCAGCAGUUGCUUCUUUUGCCAACAAAGGCAUCAUUCGCUGUUGCACCAACAACCACAAUACCAACAACAACCACAACAACAACAAUACCAACAACAACAAUACCAACAACCACAGCAACAACAGCAACCAACAACGUCGAAUACAUCUGCUCAGGCGAGGAAUAACCGUACAAAUACUCUUCAGGCGUCUGUGAACCCUCACGCGCCUGAAUUCCAGCCGAUGACGGGACAACAACUCCAAUCAAACGGAUACACUUUAAAUUACCACACGUCGCAUGGUGAUCGUCGACAAACACACCAGGUGCUUAUAGCGACAGCAGUUGUGAAGGCGCGAGCAGCAGAUGGGAAGCUACGCCUUUUACGUGCUCUGAUCGACACAGGCUCAGAAACGUCCUUCAUCACAGAAGCUGCCGCACAACUGCUGAAGUUAGAAAAGCGACGUACCAUUGCCGAGGUGUCUGGGUUAGGGUUGGUCAGCAGCGGCAUAACGCAACACUCCGUCGAAGUACGUUUUGCGUCCCGACACUCGACGUUUGAGACAGCUGUACAAGCUUUGGUAUUCAAGUCGCUGACUGGGCAUCUCCCGACCCAACGAGUGACACCCGGCAAUUGGGACCACCUCAAAGGUCUUUCCUUGGCAGACCCCCAUCUCUGUGAGCCUGCACCAAUCGAUCUUUUACUCGGAAGUGACGUUUGCGCUCAGAUUCUCCUUCCUGAGAUAAGGCGUCCAGAGGUUGGCAUCGGUCCGGUGGCACAAAAAACCGAAUUGGGAUGGAUUGUUUUUGGACAAGUCUUACCAGAUUCUCCUCGGCAAGUUCGCAGUUUUGCCCAAAUUGCUGACUUGAACUCACAACUUGAGAAAUUUUGGGAUAUUGAAGAAACGCCGUUCCAGCCACAUCAGACUGAAGAUGACAUUGCAUGUGACAAACACUUUUCGAUGCACACAAAGCGCCUACAUGACGGGCGUUAUGAGGUUAAGCUGCCCUUCAAAGGUGAAGGCUGUCCAGCGAUGGGGUCCAGUCGACAAAGCGCUUAUAGACGAUUUCUGCAUUUAGAAAAGAAGCUUGAGAGCAAUCCGAAGCUUCGUGCAGACUAUAACAAAUGUUUAAAAGAGUAUGAAGAACUCCAUCACAUGGAGGAAAUUGAUGUAAAUGAUGCGGUUUUACAAACCCCAUUUCACUACUUUUUGCCCCAUCAUGCGGUUUUUAAAGAAGCUAGCUCCACUACGAAGCUGAGAGUAGUAUUUGAUGCAGCAGCGAAAGCUUCGGACGGGAAAUCCCUCAACGACCGGCUACUUGUGGGUCCAAAAUUGCAGUCGAGCAUCAUAGAUCUCGUUCUAAAAUGGCGGACUCACCGAGUCACAUUUACGGCCGACAUCGAAAAAAUGUACAGACAAAUUUUGGUUAGUUUCCCAGACCGAUACUAUCAGCUGAUCAUGUGGAGAGAGCAAAAGACGUCACCUGUAAGAAUUUACAAAAUGAAUACAGUUACUUUUGGCACAGCAAGUGCGCCGUAUCUUGCCAUCAAGAUAUUAAAAAGAGUAGCGGAUGAUGAAGAAGCCAAUUUUCCGGAAGGGGCGAAGGUUGUCCGUGAGGACAUGUAUGUCGACGACCUUAUAAGUGGAGCAGAUUCAAUCAUAGAGGCACGGACGAAACGUGACGAAGCAAGGAAACUAUUGGCAUCUGCGGGGCUUAAUUUGAGAAAAUGGACGAGUAACACAAAAGAACUCAUCGAAGACAUACCAGUUCAAGAUCGAGAGCUCGACUUUGAACUUCCGUUCAAUUUGUCAAACCAUGUUAAGACUCUCGGCAUCAAAUGGUUUCCUGUUGACGACUACUUUUCGUACCAAAAUCUUCAACCUACAACUGAUGCUACCACCAAAAGAUCCAUGCUGUCGACUAUAGCCAAACUUUUCGAUCCUCUUGGUUGGAUCUCGCCGUGCAUCAUAACCGCAAAAAUCAUGAUGCAGCGAUUGUGGGAGCUCGGUUGUGACUGGGACGAACCGAUUCCACCAGCCUUGGAAAAAGAUUGGAAUGCUUUUCUACGAGAACUUCCAAUCAUCGAACGACUUCGCAUCCCGCGGUGGACCCACAUGAGCAAGACCAACAAGGCCAUCGAAUUGCACGGGUUUUGCGACGCUUCGAUGAAAGCUUAUGGUGCAGCAGUCUACAUCCGUGUACUGGACAGCGAUGACAGCAUCCAUGUACAUUUGCUUUUGUCAAAGACGAAAGUAGCACCAAGUCAACGAACUAUCACUCUUCCACGUCUUGAACUGUGUGGUACUGUUGUCUUAGCCCAGUUGAUGCAAUACACAAAGGACGUUUUGGCCAUUCCCGAUGUAAAAAUGUAUGCUUGGACGGACUCUACAAUUGCACUUGCCUGGAUACGCGCCACUCCCGCAAAAUGGACCACAUUUGUUUCCAAUCGUGUGUCGGAAAUCCAGCGAUUAGUGGGGAUCGAUUGCUGGGGACAUGUCGCAACGCUUCAUAACCCAGCCGAUCUGGCGUCCAGGGGUGUGUUUCCAUCUGAAUUGGAGUCAUUAGAAGUUUGGUGGACCGGUCCGGAAUACUUACGGCUACAUUGGGAUUUCGAGGUCCCGCGUCAACCCAUUGAAAUCGACACCGAAGAAGAGAAGCGCACUGUAAACGUACUUACCAUACAGGUAGACCACAACGACUGUUUCUUGCAAGCGAUUUACAACUGUUCGAGUCUACUCAAAGUUGUACGAGUCAUCGCUUACUGUUAUCGCUUUACCAUCAACUGUCAACCGAAGUUGGGGCCUAUUAAAGGUCCACUAAGUCCCAGAGAAUUAGAAGCAGCGCUACUGAUCGUCGUCAAAACAGCACAAAAGGAUAUGUUCAAGAACGAGAUUCAACAAAUUUUAGAAAACAAGAUUCCCAAAACCUUACGAUCGUUAAACGCAUUCAUCGAUGUUAAUGGGAUCUUACGUGUAGGGGGACGUUUGGAGAACUCUCUCCUUUCUUAUGAUGCUCAACAUCCGAUUUUGUUGCAAAAUAACCAUCAUUUUACAACCUUAGUUGUCAGAGAUGCCCACAAGAACACUCUUCAUGGGGGCAUCCAACAAAUGAUAAUGUACAUUCGUCAAAAAUACUGGAUUGGACAAAUAAGAAGAAGUGUCAAGUAUCAGCUGCAUAGAUGUUCUUCUUGCUUCCGGCAAAAGGCAUCCGAAAUGCAGCAGCUAAUGGCAAAUUUACCCGCUCCUAGAGUUAGGAUGUCUCGACCAUUCAGCCAUACAGGUGUCGACUACGCCGGACCAAUCGAGAUAAAAUCCUGGAAGGCACGAGGAGCAAAAAUCCUAAAAGGGUACUUUGCAGUAUUUAUCUGUUUAGCCACGAAGGCAAUUCAUCUGGAAGUGGUAUCAGAUCUGACAACAUCAGCUUUUUUAGCAGCAUUCAAACGCUUUACUGCAAGAAGAGGAAGCUGCAAGAAAAUAUACAGCGAUUGCGGAACUAAUUUCGUUGGCGCGAAUAACGAACUAACCAAGAUGUUAAAAGAGGCAAGCCAUGACUGGAAGGAAAUCGCAAAAACCUUAGCAAAUCACGGUACCGAUUGGCACUUUAUUCCUCCUGCUUCUCCACACUUUGGUGGAUUAUGGGAAGCAGGUGUGAAAUCAGUCAAGUACCAUCUUAAAAGAGUAGUCGGAACUGAAAGGUUAACUUUUGAGGAGCUCGCGACGCUUCUAACACAAAUAGAAGCGUGUCUGAAUUCGAGGCCCCUAUGCCCUCUCUCCGACAGUCUUGACGAUUUAAACGCGCUCACUCCUGCGCACUUCUUAGUCGGCGAAUCAUUAUAUGCAGUACCUCAAGGCGAAACUAACGAAAACGUAACACACAUCGACCGGUGGAAACGUGUCCAAGCGCUGGCGGAAGGAUUUUGGCGAAAAUGGAACUCCGAAUACCUGGCAAGGCUUCAACAGCGCCCAAAAUGGAUGAAAAUCCAAGCAAUGCCGAAAAUCGGAGAUUUAGUUCUGUUAAAAGACGAACGACUUCCACCGACCUACUGGAAUCUCGCGAGAAUUGAAGGUACCCAUGCAGGAUCGGACGGACUAGUACGUGUAGUUACCGUCAAGACACAAACUGGACACAUUAAACGACCGAUCGCGAAAAUUUGUCUAUUACCGUCAAACGAAUCACCAGAACAAACAGCCAUCGUUUAAAUUAAAAAUCAUUCUCGGAUUAAAUGAAACGCACAAAUUUAAAUUUUCAACAAUUUAUUUACAAUUUAUUCUUCAUGUACAGGAACAAAACCUGCAGAAAAUUAUAAUAUAAAACCACAUCAAAUGAAAAUAAAAUAAAAUCAAAAAAUCAUAAUCAUUUAUUAACAUACAUAUUUAUUUAAAAAUUCUUAAAAUCAUCACACAUAAAUUUGCAGACAACAAAUAAAUAAUUCGAUUCACAUAAUUCUACAAUAAAUAAAACACAUUAAAUUUGUUCAAAUUGUAUUUAUUUAUCAAAAACAAAUAUUCACAUACAAUAAAAAUUUAAGAAAUUCGAAACAUAUUAAUACAAAAACUGCAAUGCCACAUCACAGUAUGCAGGAAAAUUUCGAAUUUUUAACAAAAUAAAUCGCGACAAAGCAUGAUAAAACAAUUAAUAAAAGAAAUCAAAUUAUUAAAAUUUAUUUAUUAUUUUGACAAAUUUUAUAUUUCAGCUUCUAACUGAGCUAAAAACACAAUCCACAAAACUUGUCAAAAAUGUAUUUACAUAUUUGGAUGAAAUUUAAAAUAAAUAAAAACAAAGCACAUCAAAAUGUCAAAACGCGUCGGCAAAAAAUUCCGAAGAAAAUAGUAAACAAAUCACACAAAUCAACGAUUUUUAAAAUUAAUCAAAAUUAUUACAGAUCACAAUAAUUCAAAACAAACAAUAAUCAAUAUCGAACGAAAAUCGAAAUAAUUCGCCGAAGUCAAUUCACGAAUUUAACAAUAAAAAAAAAAAAAAAAUAUUCAAUUUAUACACCGGACCGGUUUAAUUGAAACUAUUAUUUGUAUUACGAAUUUCACAACAACAAAUAAUAAUAUUAAUCACAUUUGUCACAUCGAUUUAAUUAAUUAAUAAUUAUUUCAUCAUCACAAACUUAAACGCAAUGAAACUAUUUAAAAACCACUUUGAAUUAUUUCAAAUUAAAAUACUCAACAUUUUUCUUGUUUUGUUUUGAGUAUUAUUGUCACUGUUUACUGUCACUCAAACUAAAUGUAAACAAACUUCCCGAUAAUUCCAAUUGGAAACCGAACACAUUCCAACUGGAAACUUCAUUUCUUGGCUGUUAUAUACUAAUACAUAACUUUUAUAUAGACGCCAAGGGAUUAAAAUUCACACCAUAUACUUCCUAUAGGUAUAUAAUAAAGAAAAUUAAUUUGAUUUUAUAUUAAUAAAAUAGGCAUCGACAGCCAAAUAUUAAUCAAAAUAUAUUUUAAAUAUCAACCAAACAAAAAAAAAUGCACUCACACAACUCAGCACAUACCGCGAUCGCGUAAAAUUAAUUCGGGAACCGAAUGCGCGCGCGCUCACUCCGUAAACUCACAUAUAAAUAUAAUUUUCUCACAAAACAUUCAACAGUAAUAAAAGAACUCACCUGAUUUAAUUCACUGAAUUUAAUAAUUAAUAACAAAAUAAACCGCACAAUCGAAAACUAAAUGAAAGAAAAUUACCACGCACUGACCGAACACGAACCUACGACAACAAGAUUAACAAGCAAUAAUAACUACAUACGUAUGUAUAUCUAUAGACUGUACCUACGUACUAUUGUUUUACUAUCAUCUGUUCAUUGAUACAAUACAAUAAGCUGGAACGAGAGAUAUAUAAAACAUAGUUAUGAGAAACUCAACCACCAUUCUCAUGUGUUACAAUAUAUUGUUGACCUUGUCUGUUGUGUUUGUCUUAUAUGUCAAAUAACAUUUAUUAAUAAUUUGUCUCUUUUCAUGUACAUUGUGAAUGAGAUAAGAAGAAGCUGACCAAAGGAGAUGACAUAAACAGAUUCCGAGCCAUUAGCCGAUCAUGCCGGUAUUGCAGUGUUCAAAUAUUUAAACUGCAACAGUGAUGCCAAGCUGCCUUUUUUCGUAAUGCUGUGUGUAAACUUACAAAUUCAAACUUUAAGGAUGAAGGUAGCAUUUUCUUGUUGCGAGGCGGGAGAAUGUACGAAAGUACAAUUACAAAUGAGAACAAAUUUACGGAGAGAAGACAGUUCAACAUUUGAAGGAAACAAACCUUCUAAAAAUUAUCAAAUACAGUCCACAAAUGAGCUACAUGUCAAAUAAUUAAUGGAAUUGUUGUAUAAUCGAAUAUACAUUGUCUUGUGACUAAAAAUAUAAUUCAAAAUUGAUUUCUACAAAGUGGUUGAUGUUUUAUUUCUUUGUUCUUUUUUUACUAAUU